AUGUAUAGGCAAGUGGAUGUUGCCGUAAAAGACCGGAAUUUCCAACUCAUCGUGUGGCGAGAACAUCCCACCGAUCAAUUGCAACAUUUUCGGCUGAACACAGUUACCUAUGGUACUUCCGCAGCACCUUUCCUUGCCAUUCGUUGUUUGCACGAGCUCGGUGUACGCCACAGAGACACCCACAAGAAGGGUUCUGAGGUGAUCUGCAGUGAUUUUUAUGUAGACGACAUGCUGACAGGAGCCGAUGACGUAGACACGCUGAAGUCGAUUUGCGAUCAGGUGUCUGAGAUUCUUGGCUCCGGAGGGUUUCAGCUUUCGAAAUGGUUUUCGAACCAUCCAGAACUAAUGGAUGGAAACAAUGAGGAGAAAUCCGUAUCAUUCAAUGAUGCCGAUUCGACCAAAACAUUGGGGAUGAGGUGGAGUCCAAGAACAGAUACGUUCCGGUAUCACUUGGAAGAUAGCUUCACAAACUUGAAUCCGACUAAGCGCACCAUUCUGUCAAUUAGUGCUCGACUGUUUGAUCCGCUUGGGCUACUUAGUCCAAUCAGCAUAACAGCGAAAAUUUUCGUCCAGAAGCUGUGGCAGCUUCAGCUGGAUUGGGAUGAAGCCAUCCCAAUGUCACUGAAUACAAGCUGGGAGAGGCUAAAGCUAAACUUGUGUGGUCUUGACAAAAUAGCCGUGCCUCGGUACGUUAUGGCUAUAUUUGUCUCAAAUAGAGUAGCCAUGAUUCAGGAGCUAUGUCAGGGCAUUACGUGGCGUCAUGUCCCAUCGCUGUCGAAUCCAGCGGACUUGGCGUCUCGCGGAUGCGAAGUGCCUGAGCUCCUGGAGUCCAUAUGGCUAGAAGGUCCGAAAUUUUUAUGUGAGCAUGAGCAUUGUUGGCCAGAGAACCCGCAUUUUAACAUCCCAGAUGAUGUGAAGAACUCCGAGGCGAAACGGUCCGCCCAGGUUCUAAUUGGCGUUGCGAACUCGUUUUCAAAUGAAAUAUUUUCUCGUUUUUCGUCGUACCCCAAAUUAGUUCGAGUUUUUGCGUAUGUAUACCGAUUUACUAAUAUCGGCAAGAACAAGGAACGUUACAGGGAGCUAACUGCAAAGGAAUUGCAGCAAUCGUCUCUAAAAUUGAUGGAGCUGGUUCAGCGAAGCGUCUUCUCUGAAGAGUUUAAGAAGCUGAAGAAAGGGCAUACGCUGCAACCGAGCCUGCAGAUGAUGGCCCCUUUUAUCCAAAAAAGAUCAGAGGAGGGGCGAUCGUUUACACUUAUCAGGGUCGGAGGAAGGCUGUUGCAUGCUCUAGUGCCAAUAGAUGCUAAGUUUCCGGUUCUACUUCCCGCCAAGAGUCAAUUCGUCGAACUCUAUUUAAGAAACCUGCAUUUUAAAAAGACAUUAGUAAGUUUGCUGAGACAAGAGAUUUGGCUAGUAAAUGCACGUCGAGAAUGCACUCGCAUAGUGAGGAGAUGCAUCCACUGUUUUCGAUACAAACCUAAAUUGAUGGGUCAGAUUAUGGGGAAUCUUCCAGCAGACAGGUUUAGGGAAGGUCGUCCGUUCCUGAUUUGCGGGGUAGACUUUUGUGGUCCCAUCAACGUCUCGCUUCGGAUUCGAGGUCGUCAGCCGCUCAAAAUGUACAUCGCGGUAUUUGUGUGUUUCGCUUCGAAGGCCGUCCAUUUAGAGCUUGUCCCAGACCUGUCGACUUAUUGUUUUCCUUUAUCUCUAAAAAGCUUCAUCGCAAGACGUGGCGUUCCGCUGAGGAUGUAUUCCGACAACGGGACAAAUUUCGUCGGAGCCCGGAACGAGCUGCAGAGGCUUCAGGAAGCGUUCGAGGAGCAGCAGUCCAGCCUGAGGACGUUCGCGGCGGAGCAAGGGAUGGAGUGGAAGUUCAUCCCCCCGCGAGCACCGCUUUUCGGCGGUUUAUGGGAGGCGGCCGUCAAGUCGGCAAAGCUCCUGAUCGUGCGGCAGGUCGCGGACGCCGCGCUCACCGAGAGCGAGGUGAGGACCGUGUUGGCCGAGGCCGAGGCCAUCAUGAACUCCAGGCCGCUCACUCCAGCCAGUACGGAUCCAAACGACGGAGAGGUGCUUACGCCAGGCCACUUUUUGAUCGGCCAGCCCCUUCGUUCGCUGCCGCAAGGGUGCGAGCCAGACGGACGGAGCAGCGGUACCACCUUUACCAAGAGGUGGCAACUACUCUCCGAGCUCAAACGACGGUUCUGGCAGGCUUGGUCAAAGGACUACGUCCACAACCUGCAGGGACGCAGCAAAUGGCAAACCCCAACGACCAUACGCCGCCGCAGCAGUGGAUCACCGGCAGGGUCACCAGCGUCGUCGUGGGAGCAGACGGCAAGGUCAGGGUGGCAGAGGUGCGAACAGGAGGGGGCGUGA